CCAACAAAGCAGAAGAACAUGGCUAACCAGCAGAAAUUUAAACAAAGGCCACAUAAGCAGAGACAAUUUAUACAAAUUUAUCUGCGCACUUCCUAAAAUUGAGCAACUUGCAUGUAUUUGUCUGUCUGUGAAUGUCAAUGUGUGAAUUAGCAACAGGGCCGACAAUGAGUAUGGCAAUAUAUGUAUUUCGAGCAGCAGCAGCGGCAGUUCAGGUUCAAUGCUAAAAUCCAUAAAACUUGUCGCCGCUUGGGUUUGCCCGGUAAUUGGCAAACAGACUAUAAAUGGACUGGUACUCCAUUGCAGCAGCAUUCAUUCUCGCAUCGUCUGUACAGUGACAACCAGCACAGAGACCAACAUGAAAUUCUUCAUCUUGACCGUAGCCCUCUUGGCCGUUGCCCAGGCCCGUCCCGAUAGCUUUGACUCCAACGCCGAAAUACGUGAGCUCAAGAGCGACGUCAAGGAGGAUGGCACCUAUGAGUAUCGAUUCCAGACCACCAAUGGCAUAGCCCAGCAGGAGCAGGGCGUAGGCGGCCACUAUGCGAGCGGCUCAUCGGCCUACUACAAUAACAAUGGCGAUUUGAUCCAACUGGUCUACACUGCAGAUGAGAAUGGUUUCCAUCCGCAAGGAGCUCAUCUGCCCACACCGCCACCAAUUCCAGCUGCCAUACUCCGAUCCCUGGAAUACAUUCGCACCCAUCCGCCAAAGGAGCAGCGAUUGGCUAAGGUGCACUUCUAAGUGGCUAACCCAUAGCAGCAUUAUAUAGUCUUUUCUUUAUCUGUUCUUAGCUUUUUACACAUCCUGUAAGCUAGAAUAAAAUCGUUGUUUCAGCUUCUUUUUG